AUGUGGCAACUGAUAGCACGUCGUUUGGAUAACUUUCUGUAUACUGAACUUAUCCUGGCCAAUCGUUUUACUCCGGGCGGUGCAGCACAAUUGCGUUUCGAUCUUGCUCACACCAUCUACCCAAUGUUUGCCCUCUACACCGAUCGUCCGGAAACCCUAUUUCCCCAGACUAGAGAUUCCUGUAUACUACUUAAUCUGCUCCGUGGCUCGGCCGAACUGUUACGAGAUUCGCUUCGUACAAGUCUGUCUGGCCAGGUGCUUCGCGAUCACAAUCCUCUCGCACCGUUACUGGAACUUGGUGUGUACUCACUGACCCCAGAAGAGGCAGCGGACGUGUUAUCCAGACGUUCCAUUCCAGACUAG